CUGGGCCCGGGAAGAAGUGUACAGAUAGUUACAACGCGUGGCGGGGCCGGAGGUCUCGAGGGGUCAAGAGACCAAGCUGUAGGCAGGCUGAUUUUCCCGAAUACACCUCAAGCAUCUGAAGGUAGUCAGAUCCCCCAGCAAUGGAUAAAUUCGUCAUCCGAACGCCUAGGAUCCAGACUAGCCCGAAGAAGAAACUCGAAGAAAAGGUUUACAAGCAAGCCACGAUCGAGUCUCUGAAGAGAGUUGUGGUCAUCGAAGACAUAAAAAGAUGGAAAACUAUGUUGGAGCUUCCUGAUCAAACCAAAGAAAACCUAGUUGCUGCCUUACAGGAAUUAAAGAAGAAAAUCCCCUCCAGGGAGGUGCUGAGAUCCACAAGGAUAGGCCAUGCUGUGAACAAGAUGCGCAAGCACGAGGACCCAGAGGUGGCGGCUCUUGCCAAAGAAGUUUACACUGAGUGGAAGACGUUCAUUGAAAAACAUCUGGACAGACCUUCUAUUGAAGUCCGAAGUGAUCCCAAAACUGAGUCAUUUAGAAAAAAUGCCCAGAAAUUACUUUCAGAAGCCUUGGAAUUGAAGAUGGAUCACCUACUGGUUGAAAAUAUUGAGCGGGAAACGUUUCAUCUCUGCUCCCGGCUCAUUAACGGGCCCUACCGGAGGACGGUGCGCACUCUGGUCUUCACAUUAAAGCACCGAGCUGAGAUCCGGGAGCAGGUGAGGAGCGGGGCGCUGCCGGUCGGCACGUUUGUACAGACCUACAAAAAGUGACCCGAGGAUGGGCGCAGCGCUGGCUCGCUCCACCAUUCAAAGCCUCUUUUGAGUUUGGGUGAUACGGCUGCUGGCCCUGCUGGAUAUUCCCAUGGUGCAUUCCUUCAGACAGAACGUGGGGAGCCCUGGGAGCUGGGCCUGUGGGAGCAGGGCGGCUUCAUUAGCUGCCUUGCGCUGCCUCUGCCUGACGGGACGAACAGUGCUGUCACUAGGAAGCGCCAUCCAGUUGCCAUCACCCAGCACAAUGGAAGGGUGACAGGUUUCACUGUGAGCUUGCCAAGGACACCUCUAAACUCCCCCAUGUCAGGCAGAUGAAGUUACCACUUUAUUUCGCCACCCUGCAGGUAACUGAAACUCAAUUACCGAGGCUCCUCACUCGGUUCCAUCCCCCUGAGUUUAGACAGCUCCGAUGCCUCUCAGAACUCCCCUGUCUGCUCUCUUCGCUCUACCCCAGGGGUGAGCCCACUGGAGCCUGUGACCAGCCCCGCUUGCCGUAGCUCACUUAUCUGAGCCUUUCAGCUCUCCCUGGAAGACCUUCGGGGAUGGGCUCCAGAGCCCCCAUGCUGAGGCUUCUAAUGAGGAGCUGGCCGGAAGCUUCCCUGCACCUCAGGGUUCAUUUGAAUACAGGCUCUGUUGAAAUGCAUAAUGAAAUGUCUCUUGCAGUGACUUACUGCAGUAAGAAAAAAUGCAUACGUGAAGAUUUUCAAUGAAAUACAUCUAUACACGUCUGCUUGGAUGAUUAUGUAAAUUGUACUUGCUCUUUAAAAAGUAAUAAUAAACCGAGAUGUACUAAAACAA